GUAGACUGAAACAAAGAGUAUUGCAUUGUGUUAUAACGGCUAAUAAUUGCAACCUUCAUGGUAAAUAUCAAAUCUUUUUGUGCCAUUUGUGUUGUUUGUGCUUCUACAAAACAUUAUGUUAAAGGUGUCUCGAGAACAAACUUCGGAUUUGUUUAUCACACCAUAACCGCAAAAAAUGAUUUAGAAAUACCUAAAUCUUCCCUAUAUCAUUCGUACAGAGAUAUUUCUAUAUAUAAAAACUCGCAAAAUACGUCAAACUGUUUGCAUUCCCAAAGGAAUUUUUCGACUGUGCAACACCAAACAAUUCGGGAUAUAACCAUGGAUUCCAAAUCGCUUGUCGACUUGUUAAAAGCAAAUAAAGCUUCAUGUGAAAAUCUGCUCAAAAGAAGGUUCUUCUACGCCAAUUCUUUUGAUAUAUAUGGAGGAGCAGCUGGACUGUACGACUACGGCCCGCCGGGAUGUGCUUUAAAGGUAGAGCUAGAAAAUCUAUGGCGUCAACAUUUCGUUAUAUUUGACGAAAUGCUAGAGGUGUCUUGCCCAUGCAUCACUCCAUAUGCUGUCCUUAAAGCGUCAGGACACAUAGAUAGGUUUACAGAUCUCAUGGUAACAGACGUAGUUAAUGGUGAAUGCUAUAGAGCUGAUAAGUACCUUGAAGAUGUAAUCGAUUCUGUAAUUAGUACUCUGAAAGGUAAAACAGUGGCGGAUAAUGUAAAUGCAAAAAACACUGCGUUGCUGAAUCUAGGUUGUGAUGAAUUAGAAAAGAUACGGAAUCUACUCGGUAAUAUGUCACUUGAUGAUGUUGAGAAUUUUAUACGGGAAAACAACAUCACAUCGCCAAUCGGGAAUGAACUUUCGAAACCGUACCCAUUUAACCUCAUGUUCGAAACCACUAUAGGACCAAAGAGUCGUCAAAAGGGAGGAAUUAAUUCUGUAGUCUACCUCAGGCCAGAGACAGCUCAAGGUAUCUUUGUGAAUUUUGCAAAAUUAUUGGAAUCUAAUGGUGGCAAGAUGCCUUUAGCAGCCGCCCAGAUUGGAUUGGGGUUUAGGAAUGAAAUCAGUCCAAGAAAUGGUCUACUAAGGGUUCGUGAAUUCUUAAUGGCCGAAGUAGAAUACUUCGUGCACCCGAAAAACAAAACACAUGCGAGGUAUGAUGAAUUUAAACAUAUUAUCCUAAGCCUCUUACCGAAAGACGUACAGGAAAAAGGUGAAUCAAACUUAAUACGCAUUAGUGUAGAGGAUGCAGUAAACCGAGGUAUAAUUGCUAACGAGGCAUUGGGAUACUUCCUUGCAAGGACAUCCUUGUUUCUAGAAAAGUGUGGUAUUUUUAACGAGGGACUGCGCUUCCGACAGCAUAUGUCCGACGAAAUGGCACAUUAUGCGUGUGAUUGUUGGGAUGCUGAAAUCCUAACGUCGUAUGGAUGGAUCGAAGUAGUAGGACAUGCAGACAGAAUGGCAUACGAUUUACAGGCACAUUCAAAAGCGACAAAUAUUCAAUUGAACGCUAGUCAACGAUAUCCAGAACCCAUUACCGUUGACAAGGUUGUGCCAAAUUAUAAUAGGUCAUUAAUUGGAAAGACAUUCAAGGACAAACAUGUCAUGCUACUCGAAAUAUUGAAUAAUAUGGCUCAUCCAGAGGCCAUGAAACUCGAAGAGGAGCUUAGUGCCACAGGAAUGACGACGAUAAAGGCGGCAGAUGGGCAUGUGUUCGAAGUAACAAGAGAAAUGUUAUCUUUCAAGUCUGUUAAAGCAGUUGUGUGUGAGGAAACGUUCACACCGGCCGUUAUUGAGCCUUCAUUCGGUAUAGGAAGACUUAUAUUUUGUAUUUUGGAACACUCAUAUAGAGUUAGACCUGCACAGGAUCAACAAGAAGAGCGCACGUAUAUCGCUAUAAAGCCCAUGCUAGCACCCAUUAAAUGCUGCUUGCUACCUUUGUCGUCAAAAGAUGUAUUCCAACCCAUGAUAUCCAAGAUUCAAAAUAACUUGGACGGCGUUGGGUUGUCAUACAAGAUUGAUUGCACAGGCGCAUCAAUUGGGAAGAGAUAUGCAAGAAUGGACGAAAUUGGUAUACCAUACGCUAUUACUGUUGAUUUCCAAUCCCUGAAUGACGGAACGGUAACCGUAAGAGAACGGGAUUCUAUGCAGCAAGUACGAAUAGAUGUAGAAAUGGUGUGUUGUCUAAUUUCUGAUCUGCUCAGGGCUAGAACCACUUGGGAAGACGUUGUCAAAAAACAUUCCCUAUUCAUCCAGCAAGAAGUUUAGAC